AUGCCUGUUUUCUACACAUCGAUCCCUCAGAACCUGAGAGUGGGUCUGGCCAAUGUCAGCGGCUCCGUCUUCAUCAACAACAGGACCAGAGACAGCGCAGACUUUAAAGAUCACUACCUGGAGAAUGAAGCGUGUGCGGAGGUGUCGUCUCAUCUCCCGCUGCAGAUGAUGCUCUACUUCAACAUGUUUUUCUUCCCCUUCUGGUGGAUCUCCGAGCUGCUGAUGCUGCAGUUAAAGUUCAGUCAUCUGCCGCUGUAUUACCAGUGUCUGCUGGUCACAGGGAUGGUGCUGAUCAGUAUAUUUGAGGUGUUGCGGAUGUACCUCGGAUACGCUGGGAAUCUCAAAGAGAAGGUUCCAGAAUUAGCCGGAUUUUGGCUGAUCUCCUUCCUCUUCCAGCUGCCCAUCCUGCUGUUCUUCAUCACGGAUCCGGACAUCAUUAUUCUUCCUCUGGAGCGGGCCGUUCACUCGCUCUAUCUGGCCUUCCUCCUGGGUGAGCUGAUGGCCUCGUUCCUCGCCCUGCGUGUCAUGACUCGAAAACUGGCCCAGCAGUUUCACAUGAGGCAGUUCGGCCACGUCCAGGGUCUCCACACAGCAGAAGCUCUGCCCAUGUUUGGACUGCCGUAUGGGGGCAGAAGUGUACUGCCUGUGCAGGACAUCCAGCCUCACUGA